AUGAAGCAUGGAAUGGAUUUAAACUGUGAAGGGAAAAGGUUUGUUUGUGAUCAUGUUAGUGAAACAAUUAUCGAAAGGCUUUUAAGGAAUGGAACAAUCCAUCAGCUUUGUGUAUGUCCUACUGACUACAGUGAGGAAAGUAAAAUGAACAAGAAAGAAGAAAGAAAAGACAACACAACUGGUGUAUAUAAAAAAGGUGAGAAAGAUAAUGUAAAUAAUAACAAACCCAUGACAAUUUUCUCCUGCAUUUCAAAAGUAUUAGAGAAGUACAACAAACUUAUAAAAUUUGUAAAUACAAACAAUAUCCUCUAUAAUGAACAACAUGGAUUCAGAAAUAAAUGGUCAAUGAGAGCUACUAUUUAUGAGUGGAUUAAUUCCAUAUUAAGCCUGACAGACAAGAAACAGGAAUCAAUAGAAGUUCUUAUUAAUCUGUCAAAAGCUUUUGACAUAGUGGACCAUAAGCAAAGCAUGAAAAAUAUGGCAUUUGAGAUCUGUGAACACUUAUGA